AUGAACUUCUUCCGCGGCUGCCUUUUCGCACCAGCUGCUGUUGCUCCUCCUCCUGUUGCCGCCGCUGCAGCUGUAGCACCGUUAACAGCAGCACCUGCUGCUCCCCCAGUGCUUGCGACGCCUGCAUCUGUCUCUCUGCUUCUUUCCAGAGGCACGGACGCAGCAGCUACCAUGGGAGGAGAGGGAAGAGAUGACGUGGACGCGCCUGAUUGGCUCUUCCCAGAAGGCCGGAAAAGCUCCUCCCUCUCGUUUCCCCCCUUUCUCCCUCUCGUUUCCCACCCUUCCGCCUCUCGUUUCCCCCUCUUCCGCCUCUCGUUUCCCCCCCUUCCCCCUCUCAUUUCCCCCCCUUCCGCAUCUCGUUUCCCCCCCUUCUCCCUCUCGUUUCCCCCCUUCCCCCUCUCGUUUCCCCAACUUCUCCCUCUCAUUUCCCCCCUUCUCCCUCUCAUUACCCUCUCCUCCCCCUCUCAUUUCCCCGCUUUUCCCCUCUCGUUUCCCCUCCUUCUCCCUCUCAUUUCCCCCCCUCCUCCCUCUCGUUUCCCCCCUUUUCCCCUCUCGUUUCCCCCCCUUCCGCCUCUCAUUUCCCCCCUUUCCCCCCUCGUUCCCCCCCCUUCUCAAACUCGUUUUCCCCUCUUCUCCCUCUUAUUUCCCCCCCUCCUCCCUCUCGUAACCCCCCCUUCCCCCUCUCAUUUGUCCCCCUCCCCCCUCUCGUUUCCCCCCCUUCUCCCUCUCAUUUCCCCCCUUUCCCCCUCUCGUUUCUCCCCAUCCUCCCUCUCGUUACCUUCAUUUCCCCCUCUCCUUCCCCUCAUUUCGCCCUCCUUCCCCUCAUUCACCCUUUCCUUACCCUCAUUCCCCCCUCUGUGUCCCCUCAUCUCCCCCUCCCGCUUCCCACAUUUCCCCUUCUCCGUCCUCUCCUCUCCCUCUCUCCGUCCCCUCCUUUACCCCUCCUUUACCCCUCCUUCCCCUCAUUUUCCCCUCUUCCUCCCCUCAUUUCCUCCUCUCCUUUCCCUCAUUUACCCCCUCCUUCCCCCCAUUACCCUCGAGGAGGGUCCGGGUGAGUGCGCUCAUGCUGCUGGCGUGCGCGAGGGAGCUGCAGCGCCCUCCCAUGCUGCACAUUCCUUCCCUUCCUCCCCCCUUUGCUUACCCUUCCUUACUUCCCCCCCACAACACGACGGACACCAGGCCUUCUCAUUCUGA